AUGUCCGGCAGUAUGCGUCCCGUGCGGCCGGUGGAUAUUUACCUCUUCUACCCAAAUCUCAUUGGCUAUGGUCGUGUGUUGUUAACACUUCUCUCCUUCUGCGUGCUGGACGCCUAUCCUGUUGUUUUUCUCGUCUCUUACGCCUUGGCUUUUGUGCUCGAUGCGGCGGACGGUAUUGUUGCGCGGGCCUUUGGGCAGUGUUCGCACUUUGGGGCCAUCUUCGACAUGUGGACGGACCGCGCGGCCACUGCUGGGCUGCUGGUGGUGUUGAGCCACACCGCACAGAAGGGGAUGCCGGCGUGCUUUACUACACUCUGCGCGGUGCUGGUCUUUCUCGACAUCGCCUCGCACUUCUGUCGCACCUACAUAACGCUCUUUAUGCGGAAAAGUACACAUAAGGAUGUCUCGGAAAGUAUUUUUUCUCUUUUACGAUUAUACUACUCGAAUCGUAAGGUGAUGGGGGCAUUUUGUAUUGGGCAGGAGUUCUCCUAUCUGCUCUUCUACGUCUACUGUGUAUAUGGGAAUAUGUGGUGGACACAGCCCAUUGUCAUUCCACUCCUCAUCAUCACAACAGUGCUGAACUUUUUAAAACAGGUAGUGAAUGUACAGCAGCUGCUGGAUGGGAUGUACCACCUCGCCGUAAAGGAUGCGGAAGAGCGGGAAGAAGGGAAAGGAAAGUAA